CCCGCGUCUCACCAAAUCUGAACACUCUUUCCAUUUCACAGCAAUUUCAGGGGAAAAUCAAACGAGCUGUAUUUCCGAUCGGAAAACUGAAAAUUGAUUUUUUUUUUCUCCUUUUUACGAGAAAUAUUCAAUUUUUAAGAUGGGUCAAGUUGAAAGCCACGAAGCAGCCGCAGCUGUAGUUGAUGAUCAUCAAACUCAGAGCAAACAAUCUUCCACUCCCACUUCUAUGGAGUCCCUCAUCGCAGAAGCUGCAGCAUAUGGAGAUGAUGAGAAUGAGUCUCUUGAUGCAAAGGCUCAGAAAGCACUAGAAUGUCCUUGUAUAGCUGACCUGCGGACUGGUUCAUGUGGAACUCAGUUUUCUGAGGCAUUCCUCUGUUUUCUCAAAAGUACUGCCGAGGAAAAGGGUUCAGAUUGUGUGCAUCCAUUUGUGGCUCUGCAGAACUGUAUCAAAGCUAACCCCAAUGCAUUUCCGAGAGACAUAUUAGAAGAUGAUGUCAAGAAAGAACAGUCAACCCGUGAAUACAAGAUCUACCCUCCUGAAUGGGUCAGUGAAUGUCGAAGUCCUAAGUCAAAGCUUUAGGAAGAUUGGGGACAGUAUUGAAGUUGGUACAUUCAUGCUUUUCCUCAGUCUCUCAAUUAGGUAAUACAUGAGAGGAAACCUGAUACUUUGAACAAGAAUGGUUAGAAAGACGUUGAGAUUUCAGGUUAACAGAAUGUAUUGAACCAGAUGAGAUGAUUUACCUAACAAUUUUUUCCUAUUAGAAAAUGCUUGACAUAUCGCAUUGAUACCAAGAAGAUGAACAGUAUAUAAAUCUUCUUCCCAAUCCCAUGGCAAGUGAAUUCCUACCCCUCUCAACUCUUUUCUAAGAAAAAUGUGAUCUCCCU